UAGGUUUACGAUAUUGUUGUUAUACUCGAAAAUUUUGAUAGAGUUUAGCCUACUGCUUAUUUCAAUAAGCAUGUCGCCUGGUGCAUGAAGUGUUUAAUGUUUAUUUUUUGUUUCAAGUUUUAAGGUUUUUUGAUAGCGAAUUUACGUGAUAUAUUCAUAUUGAGAGUGAGUCAGAAACGAGUGAUGAGUGAGAAAAAUAUAUAACAUUGAAAACAGUGCUGUGGUUACAAUCGUAUAAAAAACUAGCAUAAAUCUAAUAAAAGAACAAAUUUUUUCCCUUAAAACCAAUAUUCAAAUCCACUUUAAAGUAACGUUUUUGUGUUAGACACGACUAAAAACGCACUACAACGAAAAGGUACAACAACUAAUCGCAGCAAUGGGAAAGAAAAACUCCAAACUAAAACAAGACGCCAUCGAUCGUCUGACGACAGCAACGUACUUUACAGAAAAAGAAAUUCGACAAUGGCAUAAAGGAUUUUUAAAGGACUGCCCCAAUGGUUUAUUAACAGAACAGGGAUUCAUUAAGAUAUAUAAACAAUUUUUCCCUCAAGGCGAUCCAAGCAAAUUUGCAUCUCUCGUCUUCAGAGUAUUCGAUGAAAAUAACGAUGGAUCGAUAGAAUUCGAAGAGUUUAUAAGAGCUCUUUCAAUAACUUCAAGAGGAAAUCUGGAUGAAAAGUUACAUUGGGCGUUUCGAUUGUAUGAUGUAGACAAUGACGGUUUCAUAACACGGGAUGAAAUGUAUAAUAUUGUUGAUGCAAUAUAUCAAAUGGUGGGUCAGCAGCCACAAAGCGAGGACGACAAUACACCACAAAAGCGAGUGGAUAAAAUAUUUGACCAGAUGGAUAAAAACCACGACGAUCGAUUGACUCUGGAAGAGUUUCGUGAAGGCAGCAAGGCAGAUCCAAGGAUUGUACAGGCGCUAAGUUUAGGCGGUGAUUAACCAAAACACACAACGCGGGAGGAGGAGGAAAUCCCGCCUCGUUCAUAUUGCUACAAUGCGCAUAUGAACAUCAAGAUUACUCACUGCAACGCAGUGUUUGUAAGGAUUUUAACCUGAAAAAUGUUUUAUAACCCAUUCAUCUUUCUGCACAACAAACCACUUGGAGUUUAAGCUUCAUUGAAUUUAACAUCUAUUAAUACAUAACUUUCAUUAGGUUAAAUGUUUCAACAAAAACCCAAGGCAAUGUUCGACACAAAACUGAUGCUUCUUCUUCUUUGGCUCAACAACCGUUGUCGGUCAAGGCCUGCCUGUACCACUUAUGGGCUUGGCUUUCAGUGACUAAUUGAUUUCCCCCCAUAGCAGGAUAGUCAGUCCUACGUAUGGCGGCACGGUCUAUUUAGGGAUUGAACCCAUGACGGGCAUGUUGUUAAGUCGUACGAGUUGACGACUGUACUACGAGACCGGCUCAAAACUGAUUACUCUGUUUGUAUUUUUUCACUUUAUUUAUUAUAAUUAGCAUUAAUAUUUAUAAGAAUUUAUUAGUUUCGGUCCAUCAUAGAUCUGUUCAAAAAUGCAACCACACAAUAUAUGCGUAUGCAAUAGCUAAAUUUAUUGAAAAUUGUAAAACUAACGCAGGCCAUAAUCUUUUUGAUAUUGCAAGCAAUGUGUAAUGAAUAUUGAAACUACAACACUUAACCAAAGAUUCGUGCGCAGCACGUUAUAUGAUGAACAAUGUGAAAACAAUCGAUAAAAAAUUACUAGCAAUCAAUUUACUAUAAAAAUGUUGCCAGCUUAUAGUGCAGAUGUGCUAAACUAAUUCUGAUUGUUCGUGAAACUCGUGUUGUCCAGCUCACUUCUAGUGAAGUUAUGUAGCACAAUCAUAUUACAAAUCGGUAGACAGACAACAUUUAGAUACUAAUACAUUAACAUGCUUGAAGAAGAAAAUGUAUUACUAUGAAUCACAGCAAUUAAAUUAUUGAUAAUCUUAAAUAAAAGGCAAUCAACGUAUGCCAAAUGUUAAUCAAAUAGAAGCAUUCAUAGCUUUUACAGGAUUUAAAUAUUGACAACGAACCCAUUAUAUUAUUUAUCAGACAUUUUGCCAAAUAUUGCCAGUUAAUCUAUCAGUUAACAGUUAGUACAGCGCCUACCAUUAUAAUAUCGACAGUCGUUUUUUGCGAUUCACAUGAAAUAUGGAAGAUAUAAAUGAAAACUGCGAAAGAAAUGGACAAAAUGUAAUUCCUUGCAUAUCAUUUUUUUAAACCAAUAGCAAACGACUUUUUCCGGAAAAAAAAAUUUACUGUGGUGAUUUUUAUUAACAGCAUUAUUCACAUACCGAGUAUAGUUCUUCUUUUGGCUCAACAACCGUUUUUGGUCAAGGCCUGUCUGUACUACUUGUGGGGUUGGCUUUCAAUGACUUUUGGAUUACCCCCAUAACAGGAUAGUCUGUCCUACGUAUGGCAGCACGGUCUAUUUGGGGCUCGAACCCAUGACGAGUUAUUCGGAGGAUAGUUAUCUGUUUUAUUUGUGUAGAUACCGGCUUCAAACCUCAUGCAAAUUCACACGGCAAAUUCACAAAAACCUCAUGAACAUUUCGGUUUUUUAUGGAUAAUGUGCCAACUAAAAAGCACUUAAUAAAUAGUUGGCAGUCAAUCGAAAUUCAAUCAGUGAGUUUAGACUGUACAUAAAUUUAUGCGUGAUUUUUCGAGAACUGUCAAUAUGUCGGCUCAAUUCUGUUUGCCGGAAGCAAAGCUAACGAAUGUCAUCUACGACGACUGAGGAAAGUUUUCAGAUGAGUGGUCCAAGGAACUGUCCAGGAAGCCACUUAGUCCGAAAAUAGGUGUCCUACUUUAGGAAGCCACUACUGCAGGUUCGGAUUCAUGAUUUCAUGGCAGCAACAACAUUCUUUUAGGGGAUACGGGUCAUGUCGGACACACAGUUGCACAGUCCAGCUUGGAAUGUUUUGAAAAUCAUGUUAAUGAACUUGGAAAUGUUUGUGAUGCAAAUAUAUCAUUUGAAAUCUGCUGAAAAACAUAAUGAAAGUAAUACGUUGACGUUGUUGUUGACGUUGCAAAUUGACUCAGACAACCCUGGAAAUAACACGCACACUUAGGGUGACGGUCCAUACGAGGUUUGAAGCCGGGACGGGAAUGUUGUUAAGUCAUCAGAGUUGGCGAAAGGACCGGACGAAACGUAUAAAAUAAAAUAAAAUAGGAAUACUACUGGUCUAGAUUUGAUCCAUGUCUGAAACAUAUUUAGAUACUAUGGUGGUCACAAAUAAAACGAGAGCGGUAUCAGGGCUCGGAAUGGUACAGUAUCGGACAGAAUGAUAGGACCCUAGUUUUUUCAACGCAGCAUGCACCCGUUGGGACAGGUUUAUGUGUGUGUGUGUGUGUGUGUGUGUGUGUGUGUGUGUGUGUGUGUGUGUGUGUGUGUGUGUGUGUGUGUGCAUGUGUGUGUGUUUAUGUAUGUUUGAAUGUGUAUUGGUGUGUGUGUUUGUUUCACAAGUAUGUGGUUUCGGAUAGAUUUGUUAGUAGUUUUUUUGUGUUUUGGGUAAGGUUUUUGAUGUAAUAAAAAACCGGUGUAAAAACGGUCCUGCUCUCCCCCUCGCGAUGUUCCUUCGAUCUAUUAACAAUUUUACGGUCUUCUUUCGCCGUGGUCUUCUGAGGACGUCCGGUUGACUUGCGCGUUUCGGUUGUCCAAACACAUUUCGGAUGUCCGAAGCGCGUUUGCGACAAAAGUGCGCGAUCGUUCCAUUACGAACUCGAUCGUUUUGCGCUUAAUGCCAACAGCAGCCAUUCGCUUUUUCAUAUGGCGCUGAUAAUCGGUACAACGUUUACCUCGACCCAUUGUUACUAACAUUGCUUGCUUGGACCGUCAAGAACGCGCUGGUAAAAAACUUGGACACGGCUGAUCCCGUGCUCUGCCUGCGUUCUGCUUCUAUACGUGAUGAAUAACAUCGUUGUUUAGCAGCGAAAACAUGCGUAUGGAUAAAAACUAUCAAUGAGUAAGCAGGUGAGCGUCAACCCAUUUAAAUCGAGAACAGAAUACUGCCGCGCUCAUGAAACAAAACGCCCAUUGAAAAGAACAACAGCGCGCCAGCUCAAUGCACGCACAAAGUUUAACAUGCGCGCACAACGUUCAACGCAGAGAUGCACGCAGGCCUUUCAAUGGCGUGCACUGGAGAAACACCUGUAAGGGAAUGCCGAAUUCAUUGCUAUUGUGCGCGUGUCCAUUUCGCAUCGCUGUCGCAUUCACAUCCAUCAACCAGCACACCUGCGUUUUCGCCCGAGGAACAAGCGCUGCUGUCGAUGCAAACUUUAGUUUUUAUCGAAGUGUAAAUGCACGAUGUUUCACAUGAUAACACACAUUAUCAGAAUGCUUUCAACGCAAUAUGAAACCAUGUCAAGCUACGUUUCUUCCUGCUUAUUAAAUUACCCCUGCGUGGUGGGCCUGCUUAUUACAUUAAAAACCUUACCCAAAACACAGAAAAACUACUAACAAAUCUAGCCGAAACGACAUACUUGUGAAACACACACACACAUACACACAACACACAUACACACAACACACACACACACACACACAUACACACACACACACACACACACACACACACACACACACACACACACACACACACACACACACACACACACACACACACACACUCACACACACACACACACAAACGCAAACACACACAAACGCACACACACACACACACACACACACACACACACACACACACACACACACACACACACACACACACACACACACACACACACACACGCGCACACACACACACACACACACACACACACACACACACACACACACACACACACACACAUACACAUACACACACACACACACACACACACACACACACACACACACACACACACACACACACACACACACACACACACACACACACACACACACACACACACACAUCACACGUGGUAAAAGAAAUGCACGGUGCGAUGAAAAAUUGGGGUCCUCUAUUAUUAUCCGAUACUGUAUCAGGAUCUGUUCCAAGACUGACAAGGAAUCUUAAUGAUUUCAUGAGCCAUUAUAGGUUUGGCAUUAGUUCUAGUAUCGGUAUAUGAUACAGUUUCUGUAAGGGGUCAGGAUCAGUUGAAGUGCUGGUGUGGGUUCGGGAUAAAUUCUAGUACAGUACGGCUUUAAGAACUGUUCCAGGAUCGAUCAAUUCCAGAGUCUAGAACAAUUCCAGGACCGGUAUGGGAUCGAGAUCUAUUCCAGGACUGUGGUAUGGUGUCAUAUUAUUAUUCAUGCAUAUUUUGCAAAUGUGCAUGUUAUUAUUCCAAUAUGUUUUUCAACAGCUGUCAAAUGUUGAAUUUGCAUAAUGAUGAAAUUUAAGUUCUUACAUACACUCUCCCACAAUAUUUUAUUUGUUUUUUUGUACAAUUUUUAUUUACAGUAAUUAUUACAAAAAGCCAGUGGACUUUUUAGUUAUGCUACGGUCCUAAAUUGAUUUUCUCGUAAUAAUAAGUCAUUUUUCCAUAAAAAUUUGAAAAAUAUUACAUACACAUGUGAAAUAGUAUUGUUAACAAAUUAUAAAUCUAUCGUCCUUGCAGUUAUCGUAUGUGAUCUAUUGAUUGAUUAUUUUGCAACAACAUAGUUUGAGUGAAGAAAAUAAAGAAUCAAAGAAAUUAUAGAAAAACUUAUCUUCAUUUUUGCACUCUAUCUUACAAAAUAUUCAAACAUAUUUGAUACGCUCUUGAAAAUUUGUAAAAAAAACUAUAUUAAAAAAUUGUAUGACUCCAUCCCUCUGUUUUUGGACAAAUAACAAGCCCAAUAAUUAUAAUAAUAAAAAAACAAUAUUUUCGAAGUGGUGGUAUUGUUUUGUUACGUCACUAAAUUGUUUUUUACGGAAAAAGACGUGUUGAAAAUUUGAAAAAAAUAUGCAAAGGCGUUAAACCAUGUAUUGCCUAAAUCAUAGUUUCAAAGUUUUUUUACUGUUGCAAAUUGCAUACAGAUAUGGUAGGCGUUGUAUUACAAGAUCUUCAGUUCAUAAAAACCGCAUUAUGCGGAAAAUGUCAAUAACAAUCGGUUGACUAGUUCUGACUGUUUUCAUACAAGAUAUCCGGGUCGUUGAACUAAGCAGCAGAUGAAAUUUAAAAUAAAGAAUACAUAUUAAUAGGUAUGGUAAAGUCAAACACAAGGCGACCGAUUAAAUUUCAUACAGUAUUUACAAAAUAAUGGCAACUAUUUACAACAAUAUGACACCGUCUGAAGUACGUUAAUAUUUCACGUACAAGUGAUAAGACAUAAGUUUUUGUGUUUACGAACAACAAUCAACUACUUUAAAUUUUAAGAUAUAAUGUUCAAACAAACGGGAAUAAUUUUAUUUUUUCAAGUUUUCUCAUGAUAUUCUAGUAUUCUCAUGGUAUUAUAUUCUGGUAUUCUAUAUGAUAUAUACAUCUAAUUUAUUACAAUUUCAUUGCUUAAUAUGUACUUACCCACGAAAAUGAUACUUUUUCAAUUAUUAUACAACAUUAUUUUCCCGACUAACAUACUUAUUCCGUUCAACAAAUCCAGUGUUUCAGAAGUUUUUACGAAAAGCUGAUGCUGACUUUAAAUAUAUGUAAAUAACAUCUUAUAACUAUUUAAAUUAAAUUGAAUUGAAUGUUUCGAAUUGUUUUUAUUUGUUUCUUAUUAAUUAAUCCUUCCUUUAUGCCUUAUAGUGCACUUUAUCGAUGAAAAUACAUUUUUGUACAUAAAAUCCUCUCUACUAUGAUAAGAUUUUUGGUUUAUUUUUAGGCAAUGUAAAAUACUUUCACUUUCAUUCAUUUUUUUUAACUAUAAAAAAAUAUUUAUGUUUUUCAUCGCAUGAAACAAGAAAAAAAAUAUGCUAAAUAACAUCUUUAAAACAUUUAAAAGAUUAUUUAUUUUAUGAGAUAUGCUACAAGCACUCAAGAGUGCAACGAUUUUGUUGAUUUUAUCAAACAACGGCAAUAAGUUCAAGUCCUUUUUUGACAUUCACAUGAAUUAACUUGCUGGAAGCAAUUCCUAGUCUAUAUUUAUAAAAAAUCAAAACUCGACCGAAAAUUACCAUAUAAAAUAUCCAGUAUUUUUCUCCACCAAACAAAUGCGGUCAUGAAAUUUAGUUCAUCUUCAAGGACAGUGUCAUAGCUUUUUUGGAUGCAAUUUUAUUAAACGCAAUAUGCUGUCAAAAAUGUGUAUUUAAUAACGAAGUUUGGUUGUCCGACGUUAUCGAACAAAUUACUCACUAAACAUUUUGACAACACGUCCAAAAAUUGCAUUUGACGAAGGAUCUCUAAUGUAGCCUUACACAUAAAAUACCUAUUGCACGUAUACAAGUGCAUGUUUUUCACAUAAUAUGAUACGUGCCUGUUUAUGGGUCAUAUGUUCAGUUGAUUGAUAUUUCAAGUAUUUUGUUGUGAAUAAUAACCGUUGAUUACCUUUUGGUUUAUUUUUAUUGUUUUCCUUACAUAAGAGUAAAAAAUCCACUCGUUUAAGAUUGCUAAGGUUUGUUCAUCCCACCUAAAAAAAUCUAGCAGUUUACAUAUUAGCAAACUAAGUUGAAAUAUCAUACAUAAAAAGAUAUGGAACGUGCAACUAAUUUUAAGGCUUUCAUCCACACGUUUCAUUCUAUGAUUUUGAUUUUUUUAUUAUUGACUACUAAUGGAUAAAUUUGAAAACCCCUAGAGUAAUUCUACUCACACUGAAAUUGAAUCCGAGCAAAUAACUAAAAAUCUAUUUCAAUAGCAACUAACAGCAUUUUUAGUGAAAGAUUUCUUCACUACAUGUAAAUAACAAAGAUAGAUAGACAAUUUUUUUCUUUUCGUAGUUAAAUAAGCACAUUUUUAAUUGAUAUUUACUACAUGCUAUGAGUUCACAGCUAAAAAAGCUUAAAUGACUUUAUUACAGUCUUUGCAACCUGUAAAAUUUACCUUCAUUGUAAAAUUGAUUCUUUGCUACCUGGUCUCAAAAGUAUCAGAUCUCCAAAGAGGACCGGAGUCUAAACACACGCCGGCUUGAUAAACUGGAUGGCAAUAUACACAAAUUUAUUUCACAACUGCUAUUCUUGUAUUUCUCAACUGUCAUUCUCAACUGCUAGCGCUUCUACACAAUGCAUUACUAUACUUACACUUAAAAUCUUUGUGUGGUCGUUUGCGCUGGCUCAAAUUCGGACAAUUUUGCGUAUAUUGGACUACAAAAAAGCAAAUAGAAUUCUUCCAUCCAAAGUGAUUCGAGUAUGCCUUUUUUUAAAUUACAGAAUCUUUUCAAUAUCGCUAUACCGUAGAUUUUUUUUGUAAUUAUUCUGUUUAAAUUGUUUAGUUGAAAUAAUCUCUGCUUUUGUUGAUUAAAAUGAAAAUGAACUUCAGUGGAAGUACUGAAGUAGUUUUAGAUUACAGAGAUUUUGAGUCUUUCGAAAAGUCAAAUGCGUUUUGACGUAUGAAAUCACUCAAUGUAAUGUGUUCAUAUUAAAUAACCCACUAGUACGCUGGAUCCUUGAAUUUGCUGUUCAGACAAAAUUUCCUACAAGAUGUAUUGCUCCAAAUCCUCGGAGGUUUAAAAUGGCAACUAAGAAAUAGAAUACGCGCAGCAAAUCAUUAUAAAAAUAAAAUUUAAGCGUCUACGCACAGCAAAUCAUUAUGAAACCAAUCGAUUUUUCCCUCAAGCUACAAAAAAGUCCUUAAAACAAAAAAAAAAUGGCACUGGUAUACUGCGUUUCAUAAUGAUAGGUUGAACUAUUCUUUGGCGAUGUUUGCAGAAAUUUUCCUUAUUUAAUUUCAAACAACCUCAAAUCUUGUUCCCCAAGAAAAAAAAACAGUAUCACAGUGUUUUGGAAAUACACACGAAACCGUAAUUUAAAUAAAAAUCGUAGUUCUUGUCAAAAGUGAUUUAAACUCGGAAGACCACUGACGGUUAAAUGAUUUUUGUUGUUAUAAACUAAUAAUUUGAAUCAGUUUUUCCUCGUGUUGUUUUCUAUUAUAAAUAUUUUUUUUAUAAAUUAUUAUAAAUUAUAAAUUAUAACUUUUGUUAGAAAGCUUUAUAGGUUCUCCUAGCUCAUUAGAUUUUAAGGAUUUGAUAAGGGCGAAUAAUGUAACUCCAGUGUUAAAGAAAAAGUGUCAAAAUGCUAAUUUUCAAGUAUGGUCCGUGUUAGCGUACUCGAUUUGUCUCUGGUUUGACAUACCUAACUGAAUGAAGGACAUUUCCGACAUUUCAAACGGAGACCAUUCUUUGUGCUUUCCAUCUCACAGCUUUGCGUCAGGAUAAAGCUACGGAAAGCAUUUUGUAUUCACGGUUUUACUUUUUUUUCUUUUUUCUUAUGGCUCAACAACCGUUGUCGGUCUAGGCCUGCCUGUAUCACUUAUGGGUUUGGCUUUCAGUGACUUUUGGAUUACCCCCCAUAGCAGGAUUGUCAGUCCUACGUAUGGCGGCACGGUCUAUUCGGGGCUUGAACCCAUGACAGGCAUGUUGUUAAGUCGCACGAGUUGAUGACUGUAUCACGAGACCGGCUAACUUCACGGUUUUACUAUGAACUUAAUAUUUAAAAAAAACGCAAAUUACAUAUAAUUUCAUUCAGAAUGGAUUUUUUGCAAUGAUUUAUUGUAAAAAGUGUAGUAAUAACAAAAUUUACAGAACGUAGAGAAACAUAAACCAAACGCUACCUUGCAUGUCAUCGCCAAAAACAUUAAUAGAACAGCAUACAAUGUACACCAUUUGUAGAAAUAAUAAUAAAAUUGUACGAUACUUCUUGUGUUUCACGUUGCAUUUUAUUUUGACAAAUAAAGCCAUUUCAAUUUGGCAUUUUCGGAACGAAAUUCUCAAACAAAUUUCUAACAAGUUUGUAUAAUAUCGAUUUCGUUCGUGUAAAAUGAUAAUUUGACACUAUUCCGUUUGAAUCAGGCAAUUGGCAAUUGUUUUAUAUUUUCAGAUUUUUAAUACAAAAUACUUCUAAAACUAGCAUACUUUAAAUUUAGUUUGUUAAAAUUCCUUAAAAUCUAGUUUAAAUCUGUUGUUGAUCAUUUAACAACUAUAACAAAUCAACAUUCAUCAUUCUUGUGAAAUGAUUCAGAAUGUUUAUAGGACGACUUCUGUAGAUUACGAACACACACAUUUGUAAUAUAUUUUACAAAAUCUUUCACGAAUCUUUUAGCAUGUAAUUUUUAGAUUAUCCUUACCUUUGGGUUGGGGGACACUUUUACAAAAAAAUAACCGUUUCACCCUUUUGUCUCGUUACAUGUUUAUGUUUAUGUUACAAUUUAUGUUGGUCAUACAAAUUACAAUUUGAUAGAGUAAUAAUUAUUAUAAGUUUGUGUAACAUACUGAUUAGAGUUUUCAUUUCCAAUAUGUUUACACGAGAUGAUAAAAAAUAUUCUUCUUCUUCUUCUUCUGCUUGCGAGAGGGGAUGUAUCCUCCUAUGUUGUUCAAACUUGUUCAAGCUUGUUUGAAACAGCAUAUUCCGAGGCUUACUCUCUCUGUAAAGACUUCGACUAUCUAGAGUCAUAUGUAAAAAUUAUUAUUGUUCAUUUGUUGUCUCAUAACACAGUAACUAAAAUUUAAAUUUAUAAAUGACUAUAUCAUUUGUAAACAACAUCAUUCAAAUAAUGUAUUGUGUGAAGAAUGUUUGGUGUUGCUUUGUUGUUAUUUUGUUAAAAUAUUUUACAAAUUAUUAACUGAAAGAUUAUGAUAAAAACUCAAAUGACAAAUUUACCAAAACUGUCAAGCUAUCAGUAUGAAAUGCAGUGUAAAUGAGUUUACUUUAAAAAUUGCGUUGAAGUCUAAUUGUUUUUGCCCAUGCCAUUUUUUAUGAAGCGAUUUUUAUCCAUAACAUUUGAUUAUUUGUUUGUUUACUUAGCUAUUUACUUACUUUUUUCAAAUUUAUUUAUUUAUUCAUUGUAUUUACCUUUGACUUAUAUAUUAACUUAUUUAUUUAUUUAAUUUUUUUAAUUAUUUAAUCAUGAAUUUAAAUUAAUUUAUAAAAUAUUUUGUAUUUAUAUUGAAUUAAAAUAUUGAUUUAUUUUAUAAGUUUUCAUUAAACAAAAUUUGCUCAAAAAAUGUUACAUUUAAAAAGCUUGGUAUCUUAUAGUUCAUAGAAAUCAACCAAAGUAAAAACCAUGUACCGCCUAACACCCGAAUAGAACCUGAACCUGAAAUUCCGCAAAAUCGAAACACAGCGACGGUAACUUCCUUAAAAUCUACUCCAAUAAACGCAUAAAAUGAAAAAAUGAAUGAGUACUACCAUUGUUUGUCAUAGUCAAAGCUUGUAAAUUAAAAAACGCAGAUUAAUAAACGUGAGUUAAAGAUACAAAAAUCGUUUUAAAAAUGAAGAAACGACUCGCUAGCUUGUGUUAGAGAAGAUGCACUUUAAAAAGUGCUUUAUACAUUUGAAGGUGCAUUAUAAAGAUGUCAUAAGUAUUUAAUAUUUGAUGCUAGCCAUGUAACAGAACAUCAAUAUUGUUAAACAUAUUAAUAGAGGAACAAAACAACGCAAAAGAGCAAAUUUUAAAUGGAUGUUAAAAAACAAGAAGCAAUAAUUGUUAAAGUUAUCUGAGUUGAAAAGAGAGUUGCAUUUGAGUGAACCUCAUAAUGGCUUUAAGGCCAGGAAAUUGUGAAAUGAAGGAGCAGUUUCCUAAAAACCUAACGGCCUAUCCAAUAGAGGAGUGAGAUAAAACAAUUGGAUAAUAACAUUCAUACCAAAUUAUGGUAUAGCAAAGAUCUUGAAAAGCAAUAUAGCCUAAAAUCAUUAGAACAACACACAUUAAUUCAAGACCUUAGUUGUUGCUGGCAUGUUGCUGCUUCAAUUUUCUGUUAAAAUUAAUUUUCUUGAAAAACAGGAAUACUGACAAUGACAUUUUUUUAACCCAAUACUUUCCUAUCACUAUAGCAUUUGACAUCAUUAAAAUGAAGCUUAGCGGCUAAUAAAAACGUUUUGGGCCUGGGAUGCAACUCUCCCUUGUUGUUAUGAACUGAAACAGGAUGCUUAAUACGAAAAAAUAUCAAUGAACAGUUUACUGA